GGCGGAAGUGACGCAAUGACGCGCUACGUAUAUACUAGCCCCGCCCCCUGCGUGCCUGCGCAUCCUGUCCCCAAACCCCGCCCCCAAUCAGGCAUCUUGGUGCCGGCACCGACUCUCCCUCUUCCCGUGUCCCAGCGGCUCCUCCGAGCCCCUCCCGGCACAACCCUGGCGGCCCCCCUGUGGCAGCGGCAGCGCCUGUCUGCAUGGCGGCGGAGAGGGGAGACUGCAGAGCCAGUGAGUUCCAAGAGGCGCCGCACCACCUCCCCUUCCAGCAGUGCCAGUGGGGGGGACUUUGAUGAUAGCCCCCACUCUACAAGUACCCCAAACUCUGGUCGCAAGAGAAGGCGCCCCGCUAAUGUGGCCUCUGUGGAUCCAAUUGCCGUUUGCCAUGAACUUUACAACACAAUCCGGGACUAUAAGGACGAGCAGGGCCGGAUCCUGUGUGAGCUCUUCAUUAGGGCCCCCAAGCGCAGAAACCAACCGGAUUAUUAUGAAGUGAUUUCUCAGCCGAUUGACCUGAUGAAGAUUCAGCAGAAGCUGAAGAUGGAGGAGUAUGAUGACGUGCGCUUACUGACCGCAGACUUCCAGCUGCUGUUCCAGAAUGCUAAAGCUUAUUAUAAGCCUGAAAGCCCAGAGUACAAAGCUGCCUGCAAGCUGUUGGAUGUCUACCUGCGUACGCGGAACGAGUUUGUUCAGAAAGGAGACUGUGAGGAAGACGAGGAGGAAGAAGAGGCGCAGGAGAGCAGCAGUGCAGCACCUGAGGAGGAAAACUACCUGAAGCCAAUCCUAGAGCAGCUGCUGGAAUCGGUCACUUCUGCCACUCACCCUGGGGGGAGGCUGAUCAGCGAGCUCUUCCAGAAGCUGCCCUCCAAGGUGCAUUACCCAGAUUACUAUGCGAUCAUAAAGGAUCCCAUUGACCUCAAGACGAUUGCGCAGAGGAUUCAGACUGGUCACUAUAAAAGUGUCAACGCAAUGGCCAAGGAUAUCGACCUGCUGACAAAGAAUGCAAAGACUUACAAUGAACCGGGCUCUCAGGUCUUCAAGGAUGCAAAUACCAUUAAAAAGCUGUUUGCAUUAAAAAAGACAGAAGUUGACAGCGCAGAGGUGGGCAAGUCCAGCCUCCGGAGCAGGAACAAGAGACCCGCACAGGGCGACCGUCUCUCCGCCAUCACCAUGGCUUUGCAGUACGGCUCAGAGAGCGAGGAAGACGCCUCUUUAAAUGCCUCAUCCAUUCGCUAUGAGGAAGCCGAGUCCGAGGGGGAGAGCAUUACAUCCUUCAUGGAUAUUUCCAGCCCUCUAUACCAGCUGUAUGAGACGGUGCGAUCCUGCCGGAAUAAUCGCGGGCAGCUCAUCGCGGAAGCUUUCUUUCAUCUCCCCUCAAAGAAGAAAUAUCCAGAUUACUACCAGCAAAUCAAGAGCCCCGUUUCUCUGCAGCAGAUCAGGACCAAGCUGAAGAACCAGGAAUACGAUGGUUUGGAUCAGCUGGAAUCGGAUCUCAAUGUCAUGUUUGAAAAUGCCAAGCGCUACAACGUUCCCAAUUCUGCCAUCUACAAACGAGUAUUUAAACUGCAGCAACUGAUGCAGGCUAAAAAGAAGGAGCUGGCGAGGAGGGACAUCGAUAUCGAGGACGGGGACAGUAUGAUCUCCUCGGCGACAUCUGACGCGGGCAGCUCCAAGCGGAAAAGUAAGAAGAACAUGAGGAAGCAGAGGAUGAAGAUCCUUUUUAACACGGUUCUUGAGGCCCGGGAACCCGGUUCUGGAAGGAGGUUGUGUGAACUUUUCAUGUUUAAACCAUCCAAAAAGGACUAUCCAGAUUAUUAUAAAAUCAUUCUGGAGCCAAUGGACCUGAAAACCAUUGAGCAGAACAUUCGCACAGACAAAUACGCAACGGAGGAGGCCAUGAUGGACGACAUGAAGCUGAUGUUUCGGAACGCCAUGCACUAUAACGAGGAGGGCUCGCAGGUGUAUAACGAUGCCCACGUUCUGGAGAAGGUCCUUAAGGAGAAGAGGAAAGAGCUGGGGCCGUUGCCUGACGAUGAUGACAUGGCCUCCCCCAAACUGAAGCUCAGUAGGAAAAGUGGAAUCUCCCCCAAGAAGUCGAAGUACAUGAGCCCCAUGCAGCACAAACUGAAUGAGGUGUAUGAAGCGGUGAAGAACUACACGGAUAAACGCGGGAGGCGCCUCAGCGCCAUCUUCCUGCGCCUCCCCUCGCGCUCAGAGCUCCCAGACUACUAUUUAACCAUCAAGCGGCCAAUCGACAUGGAGAAGAUCCGCAGCCACAUCAUGGCCAACAAGUACCAAGACUUGGACGCAAUGUGUGAUGACUUUGUCACCAUGUUUAACAACGCCUGCACCUACAAUGAGCCCGAGUCCCUCAUCUACAAGGAUGCCCUGGUUCUGCACAAGGUUCUGCUGGAAACCCGACGGGAAAUAGAGGGAGAAGACGACUCCCAUGUCCCAAACGUGACGUUGCUGAUCCAGGAGCUCAUCCACAAUCUCUUUGUGUCGGUAAUGAGCCACCAGGACGACGAGGGGCGGUGUUACAGCGACUCAUUGGCCGAGAUUCCCGCCGUCGACCCCAAGUUUCCCAAAAGGCCCCCCCUGACGUUCGACAUUAUUCGGAAAAACGUGGAGAACAAUCGCUACCGGCGGCUGGAUCUGUUCCAGGAACACAUGUUCGAGGUGUUGGAGCGGGCACGCAGGCUCAAUCGGACAGACUCGGAGAUCUACGAAGACGCAGUUGAGCUCCAGCAGUUCUUUAUCAAAAUCCGGGAUGAGCUGUGUAAGAACGGGGAGAUCCUGCUGUCUCCGGCCCUCAGCUACACCCCCAAACACUUACAUAGCGACGUGGAGAAGGAGAAGAAGGAGAAACUGCCCAAGGAGCUGGAGGAGGAUAAAGCCAAGCGGGAAGAGGAGAAGAAAGAAGCAGAAAAGAGUGAAGACCCAGGGGGGGUGUCGGGCCAGUCGGGCCUGUAUCGCACCUACAGCCAGGACUGCAGCUUUAAGAACAGCAUGUACCACGUAGGGGACUAUGUGUACGUGGAACCGGCCGAGGCCAAUCUGCUGCCCCACAUCGUCUGCAUUGAGCGCCUGUGGGAAGAUUCUGCUGGGGAGAAGUGGCUUUAUGGCUGCUGGUUCUAUCGGCCCAAUGAAACCUUCCAUCUCGCCACCCGCAAGUUUUUGGAAAAGGAAGUCUUCAAGAGCGACUACUACAACAAAGUGCCCGUGAGCAAGAUCCUGGGCAAAUGUGUGGUCAUGUUUGUAAAGGAAUAUUUUAAAAUCUGCCCCGAGAACUUCCGGGACGAGGACGUCUAUGUGUGUGAAUCUCGCUAUUCUGCCAAAACCAAGUCUUUCAAAAAGAUCAAACUGUGGACCAUGCCGAUCAGCUCGGUGCGCUUCCGGGCCAGGGAGGUGCCCCUGCCGGUGGUGCGCGUGGCCUCCGUGUUUGCCGCUAAGGAUAAGGCUGAGGAGGAUCUUCCUAUGGACUCGACCGAGGAGAACCGGGAUGAUGACAUCACCCAGACCCUAGAGAAGGAGAAGGAAGACGUGCCGGUGGACAUGCCCAAUGGGGAGCACGGUUGCUAUUACUUUGACCAGUUGCGCUACAACGAGCUGUGGCUGAAGGUUGGCGACUGUGUCUAUAUCAAGUCUCACGGAUUGGUGCGACCCCGCGUGGGAAGGAUUGAGAAGAUGUGGGUACGAGACGGCGCCGCCUACUUCUUUGGCCCAAUUUUCAUUCACCCUGAAGAAACCAUCCAUGAACCGACGAAAAUGUUCUACAAGAAGGAGAUGUUUCUGAGUAACUUGGAGGAGAGCUGCCCCAUGACCUGUAUCCUAGGAAAAUGUGGGGUUUUAUCAUUCAAGGACUUUUUAUCCUGUCGCCCCACGGAAAUCCCGGAGAAUGACAUCCUGCUGUGCGAGAGUCGCUACAACGAGACCGACAAGCAAAUGAAGCGCUUUAAGGGACUAAAGAGAUUCUCGCUCUCGGCAAAAGUCGUGGACGAUGAGAUUUACUACUUCAGGAAGCCGAUCGUUCCUCAGAAAGAGCCGUCUCCCCUGCUGGAGAAGAAGAUCCACGAGUUGGAGGCCAAGUUUGCCGAGUUGGAGGGUGGGGAUGAGGAAAUGGAGGACAUGGGAGAUGAGGAGGGGGAAAUGAUGCGCCGUCGCUCCCUCAGCUUCAGACGCCGCUCUCUGGGGAACUGGAUAUGAUGCCGUACACCCCCCCACAGUCUACUCCCAAAUCUGGCAAAAACAGCAC